AUGAAUUAACAGAUAGUUAGCCAUAGCAUACAAGAAAUCACUCAUUAUAACAGAGUACUGGAGGGAAACAAGCGAUACGUGUCCAAAAAACUAGCGACAGAUGAAUACUACUUUAAGAAUUUGUCAAAAGGAUAGAGUCCAAAGUACUUACUCAUUGGAUGUUCAGAUUCUAGGGCUCCUCCAAAUGAGUUGACAGAAACAGACCCUGGGGAGAUAUUCAUUCAUAGGAACAUUGCUAAUUUGGUGAUACCAACAGAUUUGAAUGUACUGAUAAACAUUAUAUUCUUUAAGUUGAAUUGUGUAAUCUAGUAUGCAGUGGAACAUCUUAAUAUCCAUAGUAUCAUUGUUAUGGGUCACACAUGUUGUGGUGGAAUUAAGGCAGCAAUGACCCAAUUCUCAGUGGGAGGGUUGCUUGACUUAUGGUUGAAUCAGAUCAAAAUGGUGUACGAGAAACAUCAAGAUCUUAUUGAAUCACUAGAAAAUGAGGAUGAUAAAGUGAAUUGUCUUAGUUCAUUGAAUGUUAAAGCCUAAGUAAUGAAUAUCUGGAAAAAUCCUAUCAUUUAGAAGUCUUGGCAGAAGGGAAAUCGUAUUAUAUGUGUGUUAUAUUAUAGCCAUUAUGGUUCAUGGUUGGUUGUUCAGAGUUGAAACUGGUUACAUAGAAGAACUACUGAUUGAUUCAUAAACACCAGAAGAGAUGAGUAAAGUCUUUGCUUUAAAAUUUAAGUUGGAUUCUGAGAGAAUACUAUAAAAGCAAGCUUCUCGUCAAACUUCACCAACGAAUAAUACCAGAAAGCGAUUUUAAUUAAUGUAAAAGAAAAUUACUUAAAAUCUUAAAAAAUUAAAAGAAAAUGGUGGAAGAAUAGAAUAAGAUAUUGAUCUUUAAUAAUUAGGGGAAUUAAUUCAAAAUUCAUGACAAUCAUGAAUAAACAAUUU